AUGUCUGCGCUACACCCCGACGUGAAGGCCGACAAUCGUACGUUGGGAUCUGACCCUGCAUUGAUCCGGGAAAGUUUCAAAGGUCUUUAUCCAUUACUGGAAAACAAAAGGCAGUUACGAUGGAUCCUUCAAAGAAUUCAAAGUAUGGAGGAGGUCUGGGUGGAGGCUGGACAUGCCCUGUCAGCCAAAUACAACCUCACAGAGCGGACAGUCAAACAGAUCCUGGUGCAUCCUGGUGCAUUGACAGGCGAAUCGGGUACUCGCAUAGCAGAGAGUGCCUUCAGUGGUGGUCCACUCGGGGAGCAGGUCCAGUGGAGUGACCUUAUCUCCACACUUUAUAUCCUGGGUCACAACCUUCACCUAUCUGCUUCCAUACCAGCUCUGAAGGCUUUUCCGCUGGUUAAGAGAAGUGGCUGCCCAUCUAAAAAUUCAAAAGUGGAACCAAAUCUGAUCUACACAGACAUAGUUGGCUUUCGACAAAUUCAGAACGUACGUGGCUCACCCUGGGUCAAAUAUAAGUGUAUGUUUCGUAUUUUGGAUGUUUUUGGCACUGAGCCAGACUUCAACCAUCCAAAUUGGGUCAGAAAGCACCACCUUUAUGGUCCAUUUGGAGGCCUGAACAUGACCCUAAUGCAGUUCUACACCAUGUUCCCUCAUACACCAGAUAACACAUUCUUGGGCUUUGUGGUGCAGCACCAGCUAAUCUCUAAAGAAUCUGAGCAGUUUAAGUCAACCAAGAGACAGAACCAGGCUCUCGUGUAUGGCAAGAGAGCCGCAUAUUGGAAGGGUAAAGAAGCUUAUGUGGAUGUUAUUCACAAGUACUUGAAUGUCCAUGGGACAGCUGACAAUAGUGCUGCAAUUCCUCACUAUGUGGAAAAUCACAGAAUUAUCAAAGGCCGUGACGUACAGACCCUGUUGAGACAAAGCAAGGUUUUUGUGGGGUUGGGUGAACCAUUAGAAGGACCUGGCCCUCUGCAAGCCUUAGCCAAUGGCUGUGCUUUCCUGAACCCCAGGAUACAACCACCACUGAGCAGCCUGAACUCAGAGAUAUUCAAAGGAAAGCCCAACAUCAGAGAGGUGACAUCUCAACAUCCUUAUGCUGAGGCCAUAGGAGAGCCCUAUGUAUGGAUGGUAGAUAUAAAUAACAAAACAGAUGUGGAAAGAGUGCUCACUGCUAUACUCAAUGAAACUAUUGAGCCCUACCUUCCUUAUGAGUUUAGCUGUGAAGGGAUGCUCCAGAGGGUCAGCGCACUGGUUGAAAAACAGGACUUUUGCUCCAGUACAAGUAGCUGGCCUCCACUGAGUGCACUCCAGGUAGUAAAGGCAGAGGCAGGUACUUCUUGUAAGAAGGCAUGCCGGAAGGUGGGACUGAUCUGUGAACCUGCAUUUUUCCCAAAACUUAACAGGGUCAAGAAUCUUGCAAAUUACAGUGUAGAUUGUCAGACAUCAGAGUUUUCUGAUGGUCAUUUGGUGUAUCCAGUCUACACAAACAGUACUAAACACUGCCUGUUCCAGUCUGACCCUCUUCUCUUCAGCUGUGUGAGAUCGGACGAGUCUCUGAUUCGCAUCUGUCCCUGUAGGGACUACAUUAAGGACCAGAUAGCCUUAUGCAAGGCAUGUAUCUAA